GGAUAGAGAAAAGAACGAGUUCGCCGGGUGCCAUGAUUUAGGCUACUUGAAUACUCUCCAUUGAAGGAGAUACCAUGUGGGAGGAAAGUGUCACGUGACAAAUUCACUCAAUGGCGGAGGAUUAAACAGACGGACUAUCGAAGGGAGUCUUGGGGUACUGAACGGAACCGUCCCGACACCUGACCUGGGUAGGAUAAAGCUGCCGGUAAAAGGGGUGUCCUCACCGACCACCAUUCAUUUAUGACGUGCUGGCGGGCUAGUGAAUAGACCUCUGUGGGUGCAAGAGGGACCGGAUCAUUCACCUUCACACGCCUGAGGCCCUCCUUUGCAAGCCCGUCAACCACUUCAUUCCCCUUCAGGCCGACAUGAGCUGGGACCCAUACCAUGGAGCUGAUGUCGAGAAUCCGUCAGCUUGAGACUCAUGUGAAGGUGCUUCAGAGAGCCGUCAAAGAAGAGAACUCUGUAGCUCCACAUAUGCCCCGCAUGGCUAUGAAGAGGAAAAAGAAGUUUCGUCCCAUUGACUUCAACAAGUACACCACCAUACGUCAUGUAGCACUGAAGGUCAUGUACCUCGGCCACGACUACACAGGAUAUGCUGGCACAGAGGAAGCAGAGCACACCAUUGAACGUGAACUGUUUGAGGCUCUUAUAAAGUGCAAGCUUAUUGAGUCCAAAGAGUCAGCAUGUUACAGUCGGUGUGGUCGAACAGACAAGGGUGUUAGUGCAUUUGGACAGGCGACAAGACCACGGAGAUACGUUACUGCCACGUGCUGAACAGGAACCUACCACGGGACAUCAGGGUGCUGGCCUGGGCGCCUAUAGACCCAGACUUCAGUGCGAGGUUCAGCUGCAGGAGAAGAACGUACAAGUAUUUCUUCCCCAAAGGAGACCUUAAUAUACUGCUCAUGGAAGAAGCCGGCAAAAAAUUGAUUGGCGAAUAUGACUUCCGCAACUUCAGCAAGUUCAAUGUUAAAAAUGGCAUUACAAACUAUGUUCGAAAAAUCAUGGAGGUUGAAGUCAAGACUCUAGAUGAGACCGAUGACGGAUUCACAAUGUACGAACUCACGAUCGUCGGGAGGGCGUUCCUGUGGCAUCAGAUUCGCAGCAUCUUCUCUGUGCUGUUCCUUGUUGGCAAAGGGAAAGAAUCGGUUGAAGUGGUUGAUGAACUUCUGAACAUUGAGAAAAAUCCGCGUAAGCCGCAAUAUAACAUGUCAUCUGACGCGCCUUUGUGCUUGUAUGACGCUGACUUUGGAGGAGAAUUUGAGUGGAUUUACGAAGCUGAAUGCCAUGAAGACAACCUCACCUCCCUCCAGCAGCUUUGGGCUGAGCAUUCCGUCAAAGCAACAAUGGUGAAGAGCAUGCUGAAUGACCUUGAGAAAGCUAAAGUGGAAACAGACUGUGACUUUGCGCCCUGGUGUGAUCUGAGUCCCCCUUUACUGAUGCAGUCUGAAUGGCUCGUAGAAGACAGGAAUCCUAAGGUGCUGAUGGAGAGACAGGGAGGCUUGACCCUUGACGAGAUGAUAGCAUCACACGAGUCGAAAAAACAGCGAUGGAGAGAAAAUGCUGAAAUUGAAGUACAGGACGAUAGCAGUGAAGAGGAGAUGACGACACGGAAACGUCAACGGCUUGAAAUUGAUAAGCCUAGCCACAUAGAUGAUAAGCCAUUUGGAACAUUAGAUAAACCCAAGUCCGGAGAGAAUAAGGAUCCUCACAUAAUUUAUGGAGAAAACAAUAAAGAAGAUGAUGACACUGUAAGGGACAUUGAUGGAGAAACUACUGAUAUGAAGGCUGAUCAAGAUAUCUGCGAUUCUAAAACCUCUUAAAGAUAAUGGGGAGGAAAACUUGGAGACAUCAGAGAAUGGUAUGAAAGGAGAAGAGAAAGUGAGAAGAAGUACACAAAAAGAGAUUGGGGAAAGCUCAGUUAUAAGUCAAACUGGGGAAUGAGUCAUUUCCUUUGAUAAUUGUCAUGAGAAAUUCUCAGUCCAAUGAUUAAUUUGAAAAAUAAGAUGUUAAUAAGGAUUUUGUUGUAGAAUACAUUGAAAUUUAUUUGCAAGGAUUAAUGCUAUUGAGAAUUUUGAAACAUGGAUAUAAUGGAAUCACGUUGAAAUACAAACUGAUUGAGAAAAGUUAUUUCAUUUUUAAAUUUACUGUACAUCAGGUUACGAUACUGACCAAUUUGACAGAGAAUAUCUCACGACAAACACAGAGGUUAAUAAUGACACAUAUUACUUGAUGACUUAUACUGCAAUAAGACAUGGACUCAAGCUGCUCAAGGUAAAGGAAAGGCAAAGUGUUAGAGAAGAACCUGGAUGAAGACUUUUACCAGUUGUAUGGUAGAAGGGUGAUAUUUGGUGAUCAUUAUUCCAAUGUCAAGGCAAGUUGUUAGAAUUAGAGAGGAGAGCGUAGUGGAGAAGGUCAAGGUUAAUGGUGUUUAUGACACUGAGGUCAAUGUAUAGAGAAAGGGACAUUGAAAAGGUCAUGGCCUUAGAUGAAAAACAAGGUCAAUGUUGUUCAUCACUCUAAGGUCAAGGUCUGUUAUUCAAGUCAGAGUGGAGAGAAGGUCAUGGCUUCAGAGAAAAAAAAACAAGAUCAAGGGUUUUCAUUACGCUUAAGGUCAAGGCCAGAAUUUCAUGUUAGAGAGGAGAGAAUAGUUGAAAAGGUCAAAGCUGUGGAAAAAAGAAACAAAACAAACAAGGUUUUUAUCAGUGGAGUUGUAUAUAAUGGGUGCUAUACAUUGUAUGUUUGAGGUUCAUUACCCUAUGUGUGUACGGUCAAGGCCAGUAGUUUGCAUUUAAUCAUGUGAGCCACUGCAGUUGGACCAAAAUCAAAUGAAUUGAACUGAUAUUCAUCAUUAAUCUGUCACAUAGAAUUGAGUUAAGCAUGUUUACCUUGUUUUCUUGUACUCUAGAUAUAUGGAGUUAUUGAGCAUAUGUCAGGCUUUUUUGUGUUGUGGUAAUUUUGACCACUAUUUUGGUUAAGUGCUUUCUGUGUGUAUUGGUUGCUGUUGAUUGCCUUAUUUUAGAGAGGCACUUUUUUCAGAUUUGUUAGUUCUGGUCAAUUUUACAAGGCCAUUAUUUAAUUUUUUCGAAAGCACUGAUAAAUUGAUUUAUUCGCUAGGUUUUAUAUUUGUGGUCUGCUGUUGCAUGAAAACUAAACCCUCCCAAAAUGCAACAUCAUUGAGGCUUGCUUGUAGAAAAAGAAAUAAAUCCGUUUGGUCUGCUGGAACUUACAACAGCCUUGCUGGAGGUCUUCAAUAUGGUUUUUUUAUCAUGAUCGUGAAUUUUAUAUAAAAAAAAUUGAAAUAUGUAAAAUGUGUGUUUUACACAUUGUCUUCUGUUUUAUUGGUUUGUUAACUAAAUUUAUAUUUUAUGUUAUGUUGCCAUGGAAAUGGGACCAUUGUUUACAUUGUAUACUUCCAUUGUUGUUGAAAAAGCAUUAGAAUAUAUGAAUAUUGAUAUUAAUACUCCUGCAAAAUAAGUUUGAAGGGAGGCGGUAUAUUGGAAGUCAUCAUAGGAUUGGUCUGUUGGGGGGAUAGUCAGUUGGCAAACAAUUGUGGAGCGAACGACUCCCAUAGUUUUAGAGAUAUCUCUGUGAUCUUAGGUACACAUUUCCAUCAUGAUGGUUAAUUAUUGCCUUAUAUAUUUUUCGUGGCCUGUCAUCAUCUCGUCUUACACUUUCAGUUACAUGCCCGAAAGUAUCAUUUUUGGGCUAUAAUGGGGUUUGUGGAGUGACAAUUCCCACAGUUUAAUAAGAGGGUUUACUCUGAUUAUUGUUUAAUUGGUUGAAAUUACCAUUAUUAUUAAAAAGUAUUUAAGUGUAUGAAAGUAAAAGACGAAUACAAAAAUGCGUAUGUUCAAAACGUAAACUUAUGUACCACUCCUGUCAUAGUUAUAUACCUAUACCAUGUUUGAGAGUUACAUUAACUCCCAUAUUGGAAUGGUAACAGUAUGCGGGGCUAAACCAUUCAGUAUCUAAUAUAUUUGUAAAGAACAAUGAUAUUCACUUAUACUGCAUGUUAGUUAUUGAAUGUUGCCCUUGACAUCAUGGUACCCACUACCCUCGUAAUUGAAAUUAUACACUCACGCUUAGGAGCUUGUGUAUUAUUUCAAUUACACAGUUGUGGAUGCCAUAACUAUAAUGUAAUAUAGUUUUACAUUACAUAGGAACCUUUUACAUAUGUAUACAGGCUGAACAUUACUGGCUCGUUAAACGAAAGUGCGAAGUUCAUUAAUCUCUGUUUAAUUACAGAGUGAUGUUGUUUUUUAGUGUGUUAUGAGAGUCAUGUAUGAUGUCUGUCUUAUCUGAGUCCUAACCAUGAUCCUUUCUAUGAAUAUAACUUUUAUCUUGGUAUAUCUUGUUGAGAUAAUUAAAUUGACAUUUAAAAGCUGAACACGCAAACAUAUUUAAUGAUUGGUGAGUGUUUAAAGAUUUACUGUGAUCUACUAUCGUCUCACAAGGUAGAAAUACCUUGUCCUCUGCACCUUUAUUUCAAAUUAAACUCGACAACCUUCAUAAAAAAAACAUUGUUUUUGACAUUUAUUCAUCCUUUUUGAUAUGUUAAACAGUUGUAUUAAUUGUGAUAAAUCUUAUGUUGGAGUAAGAGUCCAUCUUUAAAGUAUCAAUAUAUUUGAGAAAUAGUAAAGUACUAUCCGGUAUAUCAUGUUGAGAGAAUUUACAGUAACUGUCAUGAUAUUUUAGAAAAAGUAAUUUUUCCAAGAGCUACCUGCAGUUCAGUUUAAGCUUUAUUAAGGAGUUUAAUACCGUUGAUGCACGUUCUUCUGCCAUAAAGUAAUUAAGUACUGAACAAAGUGUAAUCCACUUUACCCACUUUUUUUCACUGUUUUUCGUGUGUGUGUGUUAUCUAUCCUAGUAUAUUAUGUACAGUACAAUGGUAAAAGAGUGAAGCUGUACAUUAUACCACAUUUUAAUGUCUUAGUGUAUUAUCGACUUGCUUGGUCAAAGGGUACAUCAGAAUGUAGAUAUUUUGUGUUGUGGACGUGUAGCUAAUUUUGAAUGUUAAAUGUUGCCGAGGUAGUCUUCGUCAUUCCAAAUAUAGAUUUUCAGAUCACGUUGUAUUUAAGUUGUAAUGUAUACACUCAUUAAGGUACUCACCAUGGCAUGGUCUCACAGUAUUCAUGUUCAGGUAAGCCAUCCAUCAUCAGGAUAUAAAGAUGUGUUAGUGCAUUAAGGUAUGCCAUCAAUCAUUAGGAUGCAAAGAUGUGUUAGUGCAUUACGGUAUGCCACCCAUCAUAAGGAUGCAAAGAUGUGUUAGUGCAUUACGGUACGCCAUCCAUCGUAAGGAUGCAAAGAUGUGUUAGUGAAUUACGGUUUUUAUCCAUCAUAAGGAUGCAAAGAUGUGUUAGUGAAUUACGGUAUGCCAUCCAUCGUAAGGAUGCAAAGAUGUGUUAGUGCAUUACGGUAUGCCAUCCAUCAUAAGGAUGCAAAGAUGUGUUAGUGCAUUACGGUAUGCCAUCCAUCGUAAGGAUGCAAAGAUGUGUGAGUGCAUUACGGUAUGCCAUCCAUCGUAAGGAUGCAAAGAUGUGUUAGUGCAUUACGGUAUGCCAUCCAUCGUAAGGAUGCAAAGAUGUGUUAGUGCAUUAAGGUAUGCCAUCCAUCGUAAGGAUGCAAAGAUGUGUUAGUGCAUUAAGGUAUGCCAUCCAUCGUAAGGAUGCAAAGAUGUGUUAGUGCAUUAGGGUAAGCCAUCCAUCAUAAGGAUGCAAAGAUGUGUAAGUGCAUUAAGGUAAGCCAUCCAUCAUAAAGAUGCAAAGAUGUGUGAGUGCAUUAUGGUAUGCCAUCCAUCAUAAGGAUGCAAAGAUGUGUGAGUGAAUUAAGGUAAGCCAUCUGUCAUAAGGAUGCAAAUAUGUGUGAGUGCAUUAAGGUAUGCCAUCCAUCAUAAGGAUGCAAAGAUGUGUUAGUGCAUUACGGUAUGCCAUCCAUCAUAAGGAAGCAAAGAUGUGUAAGUGCAUUAAGGUAAGCCAUCCAUCAUAAGGAUGCAAAGAUGUGUGAGUGCAUUAAGGUAAGCCAUCCAUCAUAAGGAAGCAAAGAUGUGUGAGUGCAUUAAGGUAUGCCAUCCAUCAUAAGGAUGCAAAGAUGUGUGAGUGCAUUAAGGUAAGCCAUCCAUCAUAAGGAAGCAAAGAUGUGUUAGUGCAUUAAGGUAAACCAUCCAUCAUAAGGAUGCAAAGAUGUGUAAGUGCAUUAAGGUAAGCCAUCCAUCAUAAGGAUGCAAAGAUGUGUUAGUGCAUUCAGGUAAGCCAUCCAUCAUAAGGAAGCAAAGAUGUGUAAGUGCAUUAAGGUAAGCCAUCCAUCAUAAGGAUGCAAAGAUGUGUUAGUCCAUUAAGGUAAGCCAUCCAUCAUAAGGAUGCAAAGAUGUGUAAGUGCAUUAAGGUAAGCCAUCCAUCAUAAGGAUGCAAAGAUGUGUGAGUGCAUUAAGGUAAGCCAUCCAUCAUAAGGAUGCAAAGAUGUGUGAGUGCAUUAAGGUAAACCAUCCAUCAUAAGGAUGCAAAGAUGUGUGAGUGCAUUAAGGUAAACCAUCCAUCAUAAGGAUGCAAAGAUGUGUUAGUGCAUUAAGGUAAGCCAUCCAUCAUAAGGAUGCAAAGAUGUGUUAGUGCAUUAAGGUAAGCCAUCCAUCAUAAGGAUGCAAAGAUGUGUGAGUGCAUUAAGGUAAACCAUCCAUCAUAAGGAAGCAAAGAUGUGUGAGUGCAUUAAGGUAAGCCAUCCAUCAUAAGGAUGCAAAGAUGUGUGAGUGCAUUAAGGUAAGCCAUCUAUCAUAAGGAUGCAAAGAUGUGUAAGUGCAUUUUAGAUAUUGACAACGAGAUUAUUUCUAUGUUUAAUCUAUAUUCCUGAACCAUCAUUUUAUUUUAUGGAUUUCAUUUUUGAAUAACACCAUAAUAACGCUACUAUUAUAAUAUGAUUAAAGGGAAGUAAUGUAACAUUUAUGUUAUGAUAUAUUAAAGGGAGGUAAUGUAACAUUUAUGUUAUGAUAUAUUAAAGGGAGGUAAUGUAACAUUUAUGUUAUGAUAUAUUAAAGGGAGGUAAUGUAACAUUUAUGUUAUGAUAUAUUAAAGUCAGGUAAUAAAACAUUUAUGAUAUAUUAAAGGGAGGUAAUAAAACAUUUAUGUUAUGAUAUAUUAAAGGGAGGUAAUAAAACAUUUAUGUUAUGAUAUAUUAAAGGGAGGUAAUGUAACAUUUAUGUUAUGAUAUAUAAAAGGGAGGUAAUGUUACAUUUAUGUUAUGAUAUAUAAAAGGGAGUUAAUGUAACAUUUAUGUUAUGAUAUAUUAAAGGGAGGUAAUGUAACAUUUAUGUUAUGAUAUAUUAAAGGGAGGUAAUGUAACAUUUAUGUUAUGAUAUAUUAAAGGGAGGUAAUGUAACAUUUAUGUUAUGAUAUAUUAAAGGGAGGUAAUAAAACAAAAUUUAAAUAUGAUUAUUCAGCAAUUAUUUUAAUAUAUUUAUUCAAUAAAAUAAUGUCUAUAUUAAAAUGUUUUAACUAAAAAGAUACUGGAACUUAACGUUUUGUAACUUUUAAACAAAACUUUACCAGUAUCAAUUUGUUGCAUUGAUGUUGGAUGGAUUACCUUAAUAAACUUUGUAUGUAACAUCUUGCUGUUUACUGAAUCUAUAUUAUACAUUUUGAAACAGAAUAUAAGGUAACAUGUGCCAAACAUCACAUAUAUACUUGUAUGCAUCAUACUAUUGCUUCAAGAAAUCAUUAAAUUCAAACAUUGCUGAAUGUUGUUACAAUUUAUAAAAAUCAGCAAUGUACACUUUUCCAGUAAGUUCAACGUUAUGUAAUGGUCAAAGGUUACCUGGCUUAGUGUUUGGGAUUAUAUUUUGUCUAUUUGUCUUUUGUCAAUAAUGGCUGACUGCAGAUUUACAGAUUUGAGGAAUAAUACCAUCCCAUUCGAAAAAAUAUAAUUUCAAACACUAUUUUUUUUUGUCACUUAAACAUCAGAUAAAAAUAGAUAUUAUAUGCUGUGCGAUGUCAAACUUACGAUUUUUACUCAAUGUGCUUUUUCAGAAAGGUGCUUUUAUAUGAUGUUUUAGAUAUUUGUAGAAUAAUUUUAUGGAUUAAAAUUUACUCAGAAUUGUUGUUUGAGAUUUUUCAGAAAUUACCAUAUUCAAUUAUUGGUAUUUAUAGUCUAGUCAUAUAGUUAACUGUCUGUAUUGUUUAAUUGUUGGAUAUGGUGUUAUGUACAUAUUUACAUGUUUUAAUAUUUUAAAAAGAUUGUAAAAAAGAAAAGCAAAGUUAUUAAGUAGAAAUGUUACAGUUUCAAUGAGAUGUUUAAAAUAUAUAAGUCUGGUGAAGUGUGUUUUUUACAGAGUUUUAAAAUUUAUCCUAGCUCUGUUUACUGUAUUGAUUGAUAUUUUUAGCAUUUAAAACAUUCUGGUCCGUUUCCUUGGAUACGUCUUGUGUUUGUCAGUAACUAAUUUGGUAUUGAAUAAAACAUCAAAAUAUU